AUGUUAUCAAAUGGAAGGAUAUUAGUCACUGGUGAACUGAAUGUUAACACUAAUCUGAACAGUGUUGAAUUCACGAAUGANUAUGCGAAUGUUAUUCGAUGUAAAACAAGUCCGGUGGUACCUACGCGUCAUUCUGACAUUGAUAUUCUUGUGUCUGUACCCGGUGUUGUUGAAAGUUUAAAAAUUAUAACUCGAGCAAAAUCUCUGAAAAUCGCCCGUUUUGCUUUCGAACUUGUCAAACAUCAUGAUCGGAAGAAGGUCACGGCAAUUCACAAGGCAAACAUCAUGAAGCUAAGCGAUGGUUUAUUCAUCGAUUGCUGUCGUGAAGUCGCAGCGGAGUAUUCCGAUAUCAAAUUUGACACUAUGAUUGUUGACAAUACUUGUAUGCAGCUAGUCAAUCGUCCGACUCAAUUCGAUGUGAUGGUUAUGCCGAAUUUAUAUGGAAAUAUUGUAGCAAAUGUCUGUGCGGGACUAGUCGGAGGCUCAGGUUUUGUUGCUGGAUCAAACUACGGCGAUCGUUAUGCGAUUUUCGAGCAAGGAACACGAAAUACAGGAAUUGGUAUUGCAGGAAAAAACAUCGCAAAUCCAUCGGGAAUGCUUUUCGCUGCAGCGAAUAUGUUGAAAUUCUUAGGUCUGGAUGAACAUUGUUCAGUUAUAAAGAAAGCGGUUUUAACGACAAUUCAAGAACGAAAAUUGAAAACGCCGGAUAUUGGAGGAUCAGCGACGACAACAGAAUUCGUUCAAAGUGUUUUGAAUGAAAUUGCGCAAAUGACACCGACGAUUGGUUUUGAUUAUCAAAUGCAGAAACGAAAAAAUGCAUUUCUUUAUAAAAAUAUCGAUUAA